AUGUCAAAACGUUCGACGACACGUUAUCAACACUUACCUCCAGAAAUCAUUUUCCACAUUCUGAGCUUUGUCAUCAAAGAUCAAGCCAACUCAGAAGCAACUAUAUUGCGUUGCAUGCGUUGGAGACUACUCGGUAGAGAAUGUUGUCGAAUCAUUAAAGAGCAAGUCAGAGAGUUGGAUGUUUCAUCAUUAUUUUCGAAAUAUUUACAACCUACUGCAAGUCCAUUACAACAACAGACGAAAAAGGAAAUGAUGGAUUUAUUGAAACAUCAAUUCUUGGAUCGAUUGGAUACAAAGCAAAAUUCAGAGUUGGAGAAGAGACAGCAACAUGUGGUCAAAUAUUUGACAAAUAUUGUGGAGUGUUUUCCCAAUCUUGAAGUGUUGAAUCUGGAUUACUGUGAGAGUUUGAAUGAUGAUGUUUUGCAAAUUCUAUUGUAUGGUCUUCCUAAAUUGAGAGAAAUUUCACUAUUGAAAUGUUACAAUAUUUCAAAAUUUCAUUGUCCUCAAUUCAACUUUUCCAAGAUCUCAGUAGAGAGAAAUGUUUCCUUACGAUGUCACAUCUUGCGUCAAAUAACCCUCUGUGAGAUUGAAGACACUUCACUUCUCCAUGUAAAUCAAUCAUUCAAAAUUUAUGUCAAGAAUUUGUUGGGAAAAACUUUGGAAUUAUUUGUGACAAGUCAAGACACCAUCCAAGAUUUGAAACGACUCUAUGCUGCUAUCACAGAAAUCCCACCAGAGAGUCAGAGAUUCAUUUUCGCUGGUAAGAGAUUAUGUGAUGAUCACACCAUGGAAGAUUACAAUAUUCAGAAAGAGAGUACUUUACAUGUCGUUCUGAGAUUGAGAGGAGGUCAAGCUUCAAUGACAUCGAUCUCUGAACAAUAUCCAUCCAUAAUGUCCUCCUCUCGAGGUGAGAAUGUGUUCCAUUCCUUGUUUUGUCACACUGAAAAAGUAGAAAUGAGCUCAAGCAAUGGAACAAUGAACUCCAUCCGACACGUAUUCGGAUCUGCUCCUUAUCAUGUGUAUGAGGUUGAAAGAAUACUGGAUGAAGAAACAUGUUGUAUGAUAGUGAACCAUCUGGUUCAAGGAAAGCAUGAACAUCCAGAGCAAGAUUACAAAAUUAGAUCGAGUGAACUAUUACAACAUUUGCAAACUCGCAUUGAAAAGAAUUUCAUUCCAGAAAUCAAUUCAAGAGAACUCUUCGAAAAGCCACUACAUCGAAUUUCAGACUUGUUUGUUGUUCAUUAUAGUCCUGAACAAGAUGAUGAUCUUGUUUUACACAUUGAUGAUUCGGUGGUAACACUAAAUAUUUGUGUGGAAAGUGUGAAUUGCAUUGGGAACGAAAUUGAAUUUCUCAAUAUCGACGAAUCCCAUGAAUUUAAUAACAUGGAUUGGGGAAAGGAGUUGGAUUUGUUCCAUCAUUCUCUCGAAAACCAACAAGAACGAACCAACACCGUUUCAGAAAAUUCCAUCAUGCCAAAUUCCCACUCUCGUCUCGAAUCAUUCCUUAAUCAACAAGACGCCACCAGAGAGUUGCAAUUUCAUCGGGUGAUACCAAAGAAAGGAAAUGCCUUGUUUCAUCUUGGAAGACAUCCUCAUCAGACGAUGAGAAUUCAUGGAGGUGAACGAUUUAACAUUGUGUGUUGGAUGGAAUAA